UCAUAGACAGGACUAUAUGAAAAGUUUAAAAACUUGUCAACAACAAGCGAAAUGGUGAAUUUAUUAUGGAGGUACGAAGAGGAAGACUACCACGAAGUCGUGUAGGCCUUGGCAUUGAGGAUAAUGGGUAAACUAAAUACACAUAUCGCCAGUCUGGUGCUGUGUUUCACAACUUGGUGUGCAGUUGCCAGUGACAGCAGAUGGUAUCAAGGCUGCUACCAAGAUCUUUCCCUUGGCAGACAAGAUGCUCCAGAUGGGGACAACAUGGAUACCAGGGCUUCAAAAUCAGGGUCUGGGAAUGUGACUGACCAAAAUAAGUGUUCUGUCGUCGAAUGCUGUAGAAAAUGUUUCUUACAAAGGUUUGAAUAUGCUGCACUACAGUCCGAAGAGCUCUGUCGUUGCCAUAGAAAUCAGGAUGACCUCAGAAUCAUUAGCAAUGAACUCUGUCUGUAUGAGAAUAGGACAGAACAGGAUUAUCUGCCCCUACCUUGUGGCCAGAUGAAUGUGUCAUGGAGCGUGUUCCGAUCAUCAGGGCCUUACAUUGUCAACAUAUCUGUCACCAUGGAUACCCCCUGGGUGGUCACGGGCAGACCAGUAGUCAUUGAAGUAGUGACAGAUUUGGCCAGCUUUGUUAAUAUAUCUGAUGAGAUUCCAUCGUCACUGGACCCGUUCGAGAUGCUAAUGGAAUGGUCUUUUGAUGACUUGACUGGACCAGGCUCACUAGGGUUGAGGGCGGAGGGGACAGAGGUGUAUGGUAGAAUCUCCCACACGUUCGACACUGCGGGCAACAACACUUUUUACGUGAAUGUGUCAAACAUUCUGUCACAGGCGGAGAUUGAAGUGGUCGUCAAUGUUAUUCAUCCCGAGCCACGAGAUUUGGAGAUCUCUCUACUGCAACACAUCUCGGAACUCCCUUCUUGUACACCCGGCUCCUGGACCUCCAAGGGUCGUCCAUUCAUACGUGUGUUUAUGGAUGAGCCAUUUGAUAUUGAGGCUUCCAUUGCCAUGGGAACAAACUUGACCUUUGGCUUUGAGAUGGAUAAUGAGACAGCCAUUAUUGUGAAGCCUUGGGACCUGGAUCCUCCCUGUAGAGAUUGGAAUUGCUCGGCAGUUUACAAGGAGUUUGUGCUGAGUGCGCCUGGACGUCACCAUCUCAGAGUAGCUGUACACAACCAGUUUGGAAGACUGCAGAAGACAUGGACAAUAUUUGUGGUGCAGAGAUACUUGGACGACCCAACCUUUACCAUGACAACUGGGUCCAAGGAUGUUGUCUCCCCUGGAGAACCAAUCAGAUUUCUGGUGGCCCUGGAAAUCACUGCUCGUAUCGGAGCGACCCUGGAGGUUGAGUUCGGUGACGGAGAACAUCACAGUACAGAACUGAAGGACACCAAUUCCACAUCUAUGGCCCUUUACUCUGACCAUGGUCCGAUGAUGGUCGUCGCUAGCUACGGACAGGGGUGUCGCCUGCAGGUUCAGUUUGAACAUGCCUAUCACCGCCAGGGAACCUAUCGGCCACACAUGACUGUGUAUAAUGGCAACGAUAGUGUUAACAACAGGCAACAAAAUGUUACUGGAAAGUUCCAAGGGUAUAUACGAGUCAUUAAUCGGUUAAAUGGUGCAAGACUUGAAUCGAAGCAUACCGUUGCCGUUGGACAAAUUUCAAAAUUUCAGGUAGAGUUAAUGUCCCCUUCUUUAAAUGUGUCGUACCAUUGGUCGAUAAUGGACGAACACGACAAUGACCUUGGUAUGAUGAACACCAGUGUUAACCAUAUAUGGUAUAACUUCUCUGAAGCCGGUGUGUAUCAAGUCAGUGUUAGAGCAGCCAACAUCAUCAGCGAGGUCCAGACAGCGACAACUAUAGUUGUCCAGGAGCCUCUCACUGACCUCCAACUGACCUGUAACCCUAAAACAUGUAUCAGGGUUGACCAAUUGCUGCGUUGUUCAGCAACAGUUGUUCAUGGUAGUAAUCCAAAAUUUAUCUGGAAAAUCCCAAACAGGCACACUAUUUUGUCUUCCGUUACAAAACAACAUGGUUUAUCGAUGGCUAAUUACACAUUUGACAUGCGUGGUCGAUUUAACAUCAGUGUGCAGGCCAAGAAUGAUGUGAGCGACAUUACCAAGUCUGUUGACAGUUUGAUCUGUGUCCAGGAACCCGUCACCUGUGUCAGCAUCGAGAGCUAUGGACCCGUCCCCCUCGGUAGAGCGACAGAAUUUGAAAUCACAGUUGCACCUAUGACGUUCGUCAUGUUUAAAUUUGAAUCUGGACUUGACCGCCGUCUCUGGGAGUCUGUGACAGUUCAGCAGUUUUUACAGGACGAUGGAUUCUACGUUGCCUACGAGUUUGAACAGGCUGGUAUCCAUGAUGUCACAGUGACUGCCUACAACAACGUCUCUAGUGCAUCUCAUUCAAUCAAGGUUUUAGUCAUGAGGGCGGUACCUCCUCUAGAUGUCAAGGUCAUUGGUGCGGCUAUGGUUGGCAGGCCAACCACACUCCAGAUCAUCCCCAAAUGGCCAUAUGGUGUGACCGACAACCUAGAAUAUGAGUGGCACAUAGAUAAUUAUACUCUGUAUGGAACUGGUUCCACCAUCGUGACAACGACCUUCAACAGGCCAGGGUACCACCAGGUCAACGUUACAGCAGCAAACUUUGUUGAGAAUCGUACAAAAACAUUAUAUGUGGAUGUUGUGGAGCCAUCUAGUGUGGAGUGGUAUCUGUCACAUGACAUUGUCGUACCUAUUAAUGAACCUGUGGACUUCAUUUUACAGGGUGCGUCGACGGAAGGGAACAUGUUACAUGUUGAGUACGAUGGUCCACAGUACGUAAAACGACUUGUUGACGAUGCGGACUACAGAUGGAGCCAAGAAUUUGCUGAAGCAGGCUUGUAUCAAACUGUUGUAACUAUGGCAACCGACAAAGCUGGCUCAAACACCAUAGACAGCCUCGUGUUGGUUCAAGAGAGGAUCACCGGGCUGCAGUUGACUGGGCCACAGAUGAUCAAAAUUGAAAUACUUUACAAGGACUACUUCUGGGAGGCGGGCAUGGACUCUGGGACUGACGUUAUGUACCAUUGGUCACUCCUAUCAAUGAGUGGUGGGCCCAACAUCACUGGUCCAUCUUAUGGUGUCCUGGACAAGUAUCGGCGUCAGUUUGACGUGCCAGGAAUGUACAAUCUUGUUGUCGCAGCCCGCAACAAUGUCAGCCAAUCACAGGCCAGUUUACUUAUCACCGUGUUGUACCCUGUAACCAGGGUGACAGUUCAGACACGUCCAAUCCCACUGGGCCACACAAGCUACAUCAACAUCACUGUAACAGGAGCAGACACCUUUAACGUCCAAGUGGAUUUUGGGGACAACACAUCGACAGAGGUAUCAACGUUGCAAUACAAUUCUAACAUAUUCAGGUUGUCGGAAAUCAGUUUCAUUGUCAUGACCUCUCACCUUUAUACAAUCAAGAGUACAUACAAGGUCAGCGUCAAUGUUUCAAACCAAGUGUCGUCGUUGGAGGAAUCUGGAAUUGUGUUGGUGGGAGAACCAAUCACAGGCGUAAAACUGCACACAAAUUCACCAGCCCUGGUACAGGUGGCAGAAUGGGUCGUUGUCACGGCAACGGUUGCCACUGGAGAUGACCUCACGUUUGAAUGGGAUUUCUCCGAUGAAGUUUAUGAGCCGAGCCAAUACCUGAAAGUUGUAAGCGAAGGAAACAACAGCACAGCUAACUACUCCUUCUCUAUGGCUGGUCAGUAUGACGUCAGUGUCCGAGUCUCCAAUCAGCUGUAUACCCAGCCCUUCAUUGUUCAGCUGGACUUCCAGUUCCACGUGAUGGAAGUGGUCAGUCAGCUGACCGUUGAGAUCUACGAGAAGAUUACAGGGUCGCCACUGCAGGGUUCUGCCCCCAACCUGUCCACCCCAGAGGUCCGCUUCCUGUCAAAGUGCGGAGGCUCGGAUGUGACCUUUGAGUUUAAUUUUGGUGAUGGUGUUACAAAGCAGGUGUCGGGUAUACUUCACCAGUAUGUCAACAUCAUGAUGGCUACGUCUUCUCACCGGUAUACAAAAGAGGGAGUGUACAAUGUAAGUGUAACAGCCAGGAACAGCCUGUCUGAGAUGACGUCAUACCUCGCCUUGCCUUUCUAUGUACAGCUGCCCACUCAAGGGCUCCAGCUGCACCCAGAGAUGAUUCGGACUCCAUUUGGGGAGGAAACCACCUUCAGAGCUAGUGUCACCGGGGGAACUAACUUCACCUUCGACUGGAAGUUUGGGGAUCAGUCUGACAUAGUCAAUGAUGCAGGCCCCAUAGUGACGCACGAGUAUACACAGGUUGGCAGAUACAAGGUCACGGUCAUCGCAAAGAAUGAUGUGUCACAGCUCACUAAGACGGCUGAAGUCCAGGUUCUACACAGACUCCAAAGGGUGAACUUGAUGCUCUCAAAAAAAGUUGUUGCAACCUAUGAAGAGGUGAAAUACAGCGCUGAAACCUUUCCAGAAAAUGCAGAUGUCGGUUAUUUUGAGUGGAACUUCGGAGUUCAGGAAAAGCCAAAGCAGUCUUAUGAUCCAUUCAAGACCCACAUGUACACCAUACCUAGCAAAUAUACUGUUACAGUGUCUGCUCAUAAUUCUAUAAGUCACGUAGAAUCGGAACCGGUCUAUAUCCAUGUCCAAUCACCGGUCAGCGAGUACCUCGAGAUACGAUACGAUCCAAAAAAGAAGCACCAUAUUGUGGAGGAGAACAGCUCCUUCUCCGUCUACCACUUCAGUGGUAGCGACCUAUACUAUACGUGGGACUUCGGAGAUGGAACCAGAAACAAAACCACAAAGUCCAAAACUAUGAGCCAUAACUAUACCAGUGUGGGCGAGUAUGUCAUUCGAGUAUGGGCAGAGAACAUGCUGAGUAUGACGUCGGCCAGUGAUAACGUAUUUGUACUCCGAAAGAAGUGUGUCAAACCAGAGUUAGUCAUACAUGGAGAAUUCACUAAAGGGGAGAGCGUGUCUAUCCAUGUGCUUCGUUCCAAAGAGUUAUACGUAGAAGUCGAGCUGAAGAAUGUCGACUGUGACGUCACUAAUGCCACAGCAUAUCGGUGGGCAUUUUAUAACGCCUCGUCAGGACGUGAAGUGGAGCUGGAUACCUUAGAUGAUGACGUACUACGAAAGAAAAUGUUGAGGAUACCAGCUAGAAUUUUACCAUACGGAACCUAUGAUCUUAAAGUCACGGUGAUGGUGCGAGGAACAAUCGUACACACAGAGUGUCAGACCAAAGUUAGCGUGGACCCCACCCAACCAUUGUGCUCUAUCAAAGGGGGCGUGUACAGAGAGGUGAGACGAGACGGUGUUGUUGUGAUAGAUGGUACGAGCUCCUUAGACCCAGACAUCAACAGCAACUCUUCACUCAGGUUCAACUGGACAUGCUAUGUUGAUUAUGAUCGAGAAAAGCCCUGUUUCAAGGAGAAUCUUACAGAUACUGUUACUAUGGAUACCUCUCGUAUAUCAUUUCCGGGAAGCUGGCUGAGAGAGGAUAGAAGGGAAUUCAUGAUGACGCUAACGCUGAUGACAGAGAAUAGGGACGAUGUAGAGUGUUCUCAGAUGAUCCACAUCAGCGACCUGCUAGAACUCAACAUCUACUGUCCACAGUGUGAGCAAUCUCUGGUCAAUUGGGACUGGUCACUGUCCUUUCAGGCGGUGUGCUCUACCUGUGACCCUGUCGAACUUGAGUAUGAGUGGACCAUUUACAUGGUUCCUGACCUUGGACAGAGCAACGUAAACCAUCGCUACGACAAGUUCAGCCGAACAUGCGCCAUUGCUGGUCAGACACACAUCUCCAAACUGGUGCAUGGCAACAAGACGCUCCUGUUCAACGUCGACUCCAGCCGUUACAAUGCUAUAGUGAUUCCUGCCGAUACACACAGGACUGAUGGAGUGAGCCAGGGAGGAUCCAGUACCACAACACUUAAACCUAUGGGACUGUAUUAUCCUAUCGAGGAUCAUAGUGAAGGGAGAUCGAGAGGAAAGGAUUUCUCCCCUCCAAUGACAUUUCAGGAAAGUAGGUCAACAUCCGGACGUCAGAGGGGAUCAGAUAACAUAUUAGAAACAGCAGAUACUCCCCAAAAAGAUGAUGAUCCUGCAAAAUUUGAUUCAGCUGAUGUCCCCAAAACAGAAGGAAGACACAGCAGACGAAAUAUAGCAGAUAGACCUCGAAUGGAUAGCAAGCAUGAUACACUAGAUACAGCAGAUAUCCCCCGAAUGGACCACAGGCAUAAUACAUUAGAUACAGCGGAUAUCCCUCAAAUGGACCACAGGCAUAAUACAUUAGAUACAGUAGAUAUCCCUCAAAUGGACCACAGGCAUAAUACAUUAGAUACAGCGGAUAUCCCUCAAAUGGACCACAGGCAUAAUACAUUAGAUACAGUAGAUAUCCCUCAAAUGGACCACAGGCAUAAUACAUUAGAUACAGCGGAUAUCCCUCAAAUGGACCACAGGCAUAAUACAUUAGAUACAGUAGAUAUCCCUCAAAUGGACCACAGGCAUAAUACAUUAGAUACAGCGGAUAUCCCUCAAAUGGACCACAGGCAUAAUACAUUAGAUACAGUAGAUAUCCCUCAAAUGGACCACAGGCAUAAUACAUUAGAUACAGCGGAUAUCCCUCAAAUGGACCACAGGCAUAAUACAUUAGAUACAGUAGAUAUCCCUCAAAUGGACCACAGGCAUAAUACAUUAGAUACAGCGGAUAUCCCUCGAAUGGAAAGCAGGCAUAAUACAUUGGAUACAGCGGAUAUACCUCGAAUGGAAAGCAGGCAUAAUACUUUGGAUACAGCAGAUAUCCCUCGAAUGGACCACAACCAUAACACAUUGGAUACAGCAGAUAUCCCUCAAAUGGAAAGCAGGCAUAAUACAUUGGAUACAGUAGAUAUCCCUCGAAUGGAGCACAGCCAUAAUACAUUGGAUACAGCAGAUAUCCCUCAAAUGGAAAGCAGGCAUAAUACAUUGGAUGCAGUAGAUAUCCCUCGAAUGGACCACAGGUAUAAUACAUUGGAUAUAGCAGAUAUCCCUCGAAUGGACCACAGGUAUAAUACAUUGGAUACAGCAGAUAUCCCUCGAAUGGACAGCAGGCAUAAUACAUUGGAUACAGUAGAUAUCCCUCGAAUGGACCACAGGUAUAAUACAUUGGAUACAGUAGAUAUCCCUCGAAUGGACCACAGGUAUAAUACAUUGGAUACAGCAGAUAUCCCUCGAAUGGACCACAGGCAUAAUACAUUGGAUACAGCAGAUAUCCCUCGAAUGGACCACAGCCAUAAUACAUUAGAUACAGCGGAUAUCCCUCGAAUGGAAAGCCAGCAUAAUACAUUAGAUACAGCAGAUAUCCCUCAUAUGGACCACAUGCAUAAUACAUUGGAUACAGCAGAUAUCCCUCAAAUGGACAGCAGGCAUAGUACAUUUGAAACAGCAGAUAUCCCUCGAAUGGAAAGCCGGCAUAAUACAUUGGAUACAGCAGAUAUCCCUCAUAUGGACCACAGGCAUAAUACAUUGGAUACACAAGAUAUCCCUCGGAUGGAAAGCCGGCAUAAUACAUUGGAUACAGCAGAUAUCCCUCAUAUGGACCACAAGCAUAAUACACUGGAUUCGGCAGACAUCCCUCAAAUGGAAAGCCGGCAUAAUACAUUAGAUUCAGCGGAUAUCCCUCAAAUGGAAAGCCAGCAUUAUACACUAGAUACAGCAGAUAUCCCCCAAAUGGAAAGCCAGCAUGAUACAUUGGAUACAGCAGAUAUCCCCAAAAUGGACCAUAGUCAUGACACUUUGGAUACAGCUGAUAACCGUAGACUGGAAAGCAGGCACAACACUUUGGAUAUGGCCGAUAACCCUGAGCUUGAGCAGGGUCAUGACAUUUUGGAUACGGCCGAUAUCCCUCCUAUAGAAGAUUUUGGAUUAUACAAUUCAAUAAUUGAGGAGAACACAAGAGUAGAAAGUUCACGUAGAAAACCUCUGCCUCAUACCGACAUGUUUGAAUUAAAGGAGGGGAGCCCAGGAGAAGAGGGCAGCUCUAUUGCCCGAAACCCAGCGUAUGACAACGACAUAUUUGAAGAUAUAACAUCUGGCAAUCGGCCAAAGCCUGGUAUGGAUGAGAAUGAAAAUCCGACGGAAAAUGAGGGAGAUCCGGUGAUCAGUGAUCCUGAAGGCUCCAGUGAACCUGCCAGGCAAAAACACAUCCUACAACACGCACACUACCCAAUGGUGUUGGUCUGGAAUGCCACACUGACCGGUCUGGACAAACGGUCACUUGUCUUAAAACCAAACAAUGAAGCCAUCCAACAAGGCAGUACCUACAUCAUGCAUGUUAGAGCCACAACAAAAGAUGGCUCGACUAAAGGUCAUGCGAUGGCCCAGUUCAAGGUCAAUCAGAGUCCUCACCAAGGUGACUGUAGCGUCAAACCAGACUCUGGCUUUGAGAUGUCCACGGAGUUCACCAUCUUCUGUAAAGAGUGGAGGGAUGUCGAGGAGCAUUUGCCACUUUGGUACGAAGUGAGUUACAACUUGGAAGAAAGUGACGUGCGAUAUGUGAUCUACCGCGGACUACGGUCGUCCAUUAACUUCAUACUCCCGGCCGGAAAUCCCAACAACAAGCAUCGAGUGUUCGUGUAUAUUACAAUCCUGGACAGCCUGUCGGGCCGCACGCCCGUCUGCCACGCACCCCUCACUGUUCGACCGCAGCCUCCCGAGCAGGUCAGGGCAACCUUCGAAGCCGUCCCAUCGCCCGAGGAAACCAUAUUUUAUGAGGCUUUCAAUGGGAACGGUUCUAUAGUGAAGGCUCAGGAGCAAGGCUAUGAACACAGAGUGAAGGUCCUCGUCCGUUACCUAGCAACGAGACUCAAUCAACUACCGCAGAUCGGGACAGAGGUCAAGGAACAGAGACAGGAAAUUCGACACAAACUUUUGGGCAUCUUGAAACACUUACCCAUGAGGGAUGAGCUGGAGGUGAUACAGACACUGCAGGCCCUAGCAGCCCUCACAGAAGUAGCCAGUGAGCUGAACCAAGCAGAGCUGGACUUGGCUAGCGCUGUGUUUAGAUCAAUCCUGGAUCGUGCGAGUGAGUUGUAUAGUGAGGCUUUGACCCCUACGCACGAGCUACUGACCCUGGCCGUAACCACUGCCUCCAACGUUAUCAGUGCCACUGUCCGCAGUGCCGCUCGGGAUAAGGCAGAGCGCUGGUUCUACCACACGUCCAUGUCCGCAUCCAUCCACACCCUCGACCAGCUACUCAAGAAUGAGCUGAAGUUCCAUGCAAUCGGCCAAGAACCAAUCAAGAAGCAUGCUUACUUUGUCAAAACUAUGGCUUCAAGAUUCAGUUUGAAAGAUAGACCUGUUCUAAAAAUUGACCAAUCAAAAUUCACUUUACCAAAGGAUAUGUCUGUGAUAAUGAAGAAAGACAGCUGCCCAUUGGAUACUUUUUCACCGAAUCAUGACUGCUUUCAGGUCCACAUGACUAAAUUUCUUAGGAAUCCUUAUGUAUUUGAUCACAAUAAAAACACCAAGGUCGGCUCCGAAGUGGGUGCCCUGAAAAUUUAUACAUGUGAUGGAGAAUUGGUACAAGUGAGUGGUCUCCAGGACAGCAACAUGGUUACCAUGGAGAUCCCGCGACUUCCUCUUAAGGAGGAGGCAACUUUGUCAGAGUUGGUGGUACAACAUCGGUUGGAGAGAACCGUGAUGAACCUUCAUCAGUUCAAUGUGAGCAAGGGACGACAACGCCAGUCCCUGAACAUUGUCUUCACGCUGACCCCAGCCUUCGAGGAACGCCUCUUCCCUAUUGCCUUGAUGAUUGGGUUCCAAGACCCGCCCACCCCAGACAAAUACCUGCUGAGGCGUGAAUUUGAUGUGACAACCUUACAGGGCAAGCUCUUCCUGCCUGCUAGCUACUUUAAUGUGACGGGCAGUUACUAUCUCGGGGUGGUUGAUGGCGGCUACAACUCUGGCAGACAUAGACCAGGGGAGGCAACCCAGAGGAACUACACCCUGAAGAUAUGGUGGGCUAACUGUCUGUACUGGAAUGAGUCUGGGAGGGAGUGGUCGGACGAUGGCUGCUGGAGUACAGGGGAGUCGACGUACUACGUCACACACUGCCGUUGUAAUCACCUGACUGCGUUUGGUAGCCACUUCGAUCUCGUGCCGAAUGAACUGUCCUUCGUCGCAGUGGAAGACUUUUUUUCUCGCCAUGAAAACCCAAUCACAAUAACCUUGAUAGGGGUCAUUCUAUGUCUAUACGCUAUUCUCAUGGUGAUCUGUCACCGUGCCGAUAUCCACGACGCCAAGAAAGGGGGGAUAACUUAUCUUCAGGAUAACACCAUCACGGAUCAACAGAGGUUUGAGGUUACCGUGGAAACAGGCUUCAGAAAAGGGUCUGGAACUACAGCAAAGAUCAGUCUCAUACUUCACGGAGAGGAAGGCAUGUCAGAGACGAGGGAGCUGAUCACAGACGACCGUCGACCUCUGUUUGAGCGCAACUCAAGGGACAAGUUUAUCCUCACGCUGCCAGACAGUAUUGGUAAAAUCUGGAAGGUACAGAUUUGGCACAACAACUCUGGUCAGUCUCCCAGCUGGUAUCUCAGUCGAGUCAUCGUAAAGGACCUCAACAAUGGUAAUGUAUACUACUUCCUGUCCGAGAAAUGGCUGGCCGUUGAAGAAGAGGAUGGGAAGGUGGAACGAGAGUUCAUGGCACUGGAGGGCAGUCUUGGUGUCAGAAAAGUAUUCUGGGCUAAGGGCACACAGUACAUGGCCGACCACCACCUGUGGACGUCGCUGUUUACCCAUCCAUCCCCAAGUCACUUCACUCGCACACAGCGUCUCACCUGCUGUCUCACUCUGCUCAUGAUGUACAUGUGUCUCAAUGCCAUGUGGUAUAAACAGGCACCUUCAGAGGUGAGAGGAGAGUUUGGUUUGUUGGACCUAUCACUGCGGAAUGUCACAGUUGGUGCCAUGUGUUGUGCUGUAGCCAUUCCUGUCAACCUCUUUCUGGCCUUACUUUUCCGGAGAAGCAAGAAGCAAAGGUCAACGGGUGAGGUUGACCCAGAGUUGGAAGAGGAAAAAGACAAACACUACCCGAGUGGCAAACCAGACGGUGCCCCCCAAGAUGAUGAUGAGGAUUCGGAGGCUGUCCAGCCAGUAAUGACCUACAGUAUCCUUGACCAGUCUAUCUUGAACUGGCCAAGCAUUCAGGACUGGGCACAAAAACAGUGGAUGAAACGUCAGCACUCCACCAUGUCUAUAGAGGAAACUACCAGUGGCAAAACCAACGACAACACCCUGCAACAGGGGCAGACAACUCUCACACCCACACAUAUACUCCAUAAGCGAGUAAUCGGAUCCGAGACUGACCAAGCUUCCAGUGGGUUUGAGGAUUCCAACAGCACUGACCCAAGACCGCAAAUGACCAUCAGUUCCCAGGCCAGUAGUAUCAAGAACAAAGCGCCUUCUGUAUCCAGUUCUGUCAGUCAAAAGUCGUCAGUGCUGAGCGCGAGGAAGAACUUUGAGCGGCGUGUGUUCCUGCCAUACUGGUUUCAAUAUGUGGCCUGGACUUUGUGUACAAUCAUCUGUCUUGGCUGUGCUGUUGUUACGGUUUUGUAUGGAUUCAGGUUUGGCCAGACCAAGGGUAUGAUGUGGCUACAAUCUCUGUACUUCAGUGCUGUUGUCUGUAUCUUCAUCUCUCAUCCACUUAUGAUCUGUAUAGCAGUAGUUUACACGGCAAUAAAAUACAGGAACAAUCCGUCCAUCCUUGACCAUUGCGAGGACGGCUACUUUGGGGAGCAGGCUAAGCUGGAGAUCUUAAGGAGGAAGAAGGAGAAGGCCAAGGAAAUACUGGAUGAAAAUAAGGAGAUAGAGAGGGGUGUGGCUGCUAGACAGAGGUCGCGGUACCUGAGAUUUGCCAGACCGCCACAGGAGAAACAAUUGAUUGAGGCAAGAAAGAAGAUUCUGAAGGAGAAGAAAGCCAUGUCUCUUGUCAGUAAUUCUGUGGGUUUCUUUGUGAUGUUAACCCUUGUAUGUGUGAUGGCCUAUGGGAAGGACAUUGUUACCUCCCCUUUCUACCUCAAUGAAGCCAUCAAAAAUACAUUGAUCAGUUCUGGGGUGGUGAAGUUUGCCGACAUUUCUCAACCAGGGGACUGGUAUACCUGGAGUCAGACCACCAUGCUAAACACUCUAUACACUGACCAAGGUCAACAGGAAAACAAUUCCAAGGUCAUACAGCAGAAAUUUGCCCUCCAUGGAAGCAGUUUUGUGAUUGGUCAGAUCCACCUGCGUCAGAUGAGAGUGGUUAAGGAGCCGUGUGUACAAAAGUUACCACAUCUGCCCGAGUAUUGUCUCCAUGACUACAGCUACACCAACAAGAUGAAAGACGUUUCACCGGACAUGAAUGAGACGUGGACAGAAAACACAGCCUUCUUUAAUAUUUUUGGAAAGCACGGCGUAUACGAUAACUCUGGCUUUGUCAUUAAGUUAGAUAACUCAAGAUCCAAAGCCCUGUCUCAGCUACAGCAGCUGGAGUACCAAGGCUGGAUAAACAAGCACACCCGGGCAGUGGUCGUCGAACUCACCUUAUUUAAUGCUCCGACAAAUCUCUUCUCGUCCGUUGCAUUGGUUAUGGAACUUCCACCAACAGGGGGCGCUUUUAUGGACCAUCGGGUUAUAUCGACUUAUCUGUACCGUUACAUGACCCCAACCGAUAACUUUGUGUUGGCUUGUGAGUUGUUUUUUGUGAUCCUGACAUUGUACAAAAUGAAGAAUGAGGUAUGUAACUGGAUAAAACUGAAAAGGAACUAUCUUCACAGUGCUUGGAACAUCGUACAGUGUUUGAUGGUGGCUCUGUCUCUGACCUACAUUGGGUGUUACCUGUACCGGUUUAUGCUGGUUUGGGAAGCCCUGGAGAACAUGCGGAGUACCUACUUUGAACAGUUUGUAGAUGUGUCCUUUCUUGCUGUAUGGGAUGAGAUUCUUCAAGUUCAAGUUGGAGUCAUUUUGUUCCUAGUUUUCAUCAAAUCACUGAGGUUGCUAAGAUACAACAGGCUCUUCGCCCUAUUUGGCAAUGUCUGCAAACGAGUGCAUAAAGAGUUCAUUAUAUUCACUGCUCUAUUCUGUGGAUUACUCUUGGCCUUCUCCAGUCUUGGACUCCUCCUGUUUGGCUCCUUUUGUUGGUCAUUCCACGACUACUGGACCACAUUGUUCACGUUGAUGUCCCUGAUGACCGGCCACUAUCAACAUCCUGGCAAAGAACAUACAAUGACCUACUUCCUGCGUGUCUUUGUUUUCUGUUUUUGCGUGUUCUUCACAGGGUUGCUCACCUCUUAUGUGAUAGCUUUCCUGUCAUUCCGAUUUAGAGUUUACCGCAGAAAACAGAGUGACAUUCUGGCAAUGAGCGGACGUGAUGCGCUGCUGUUUUUUUGGAAGCAGUUCCUGAUGUGGACAGGGAUACGCUAUGAACCGCCAGUACAUGAACCAGAAAAUGAACUGCCAGCAGAGUUCACCAUGGUGGAGAUUGAAUAUCAGGUGGAUGAAUUGUAUUUCCGAAUAAAUGCACUGUCAGGAUUGCACAGUCUUCCGGAGAAACCUACUGGGUAUCUGACAGACUCUGAUGGAACCUACGGAGUUGGAGACGACGGCAUAUCUAGUGGGGGUUCAGAGAUGCAGCAGGGUGAAGAAGAGCGCCUUGACCAUCGCGUCCAGCAGAUUGAGGACUAUCUGUACUCCCAGGAACCCUACUUGGCCCAGCUUCUCAAGAUGGACAACACUGACCCCGAUCUUCUGUCGCAGGAGAAAGAGAAACAGCUCAAGUCACACCUGGAAAUGGAGAUUUUCCGCCAGCUUCAGAUUCAGAGACAAGAUACUGACCAGCCCACAAGUUCAAAGGUCAAGGCAGGCAGUUCACAAGGCAAGAAGGUUGAAGUUGAUGGGGUCAAAGGUGUGGUUAAAGAUGGUGGUUCGGACAACCAGAAGAAAAGUGUCUUUUCUUAUGCCCCUCCUGAUGAAUCAAACUCUAAUGAAAGUUGUGACAUUGACCCUCAAACCAGCUCCUCCUCCAACCCAGAGUCACCAAGGGAUCAUGACAAGAGCGGGAGUAAGGCAAUUGCUGAGAAACAAGUGCGUGUGUCAGUAGGUCAGACUGAUAAAUCUGGGUCACAAUCUUCUGACUCGGACAAAGGCUUGUUUACAAAAGGACUUAAGAACGAGGUCAAACAGAAAAAACCUGAACCUCCUCCGAAGCCAACAUUUAUUAAACAUAGCAUACGUGAUGUUGUAUCCCAUGAUGCAUCUCGCCCAGGAGGAAGUCCUGCCCUUCGGCAGUUACGGUCAAGUCUCAACACCAUAGAGAGGCUCUCGUUCAAGGGAGAUAACAGUGGUAGUAGCUUUACUACCGAGUCCAGUUCAGGAUCGGAGCAGGACGCAAUUCAUGGAAUGCAGAGACCACAUGGAAAACAGCGUAACUUACGGAAAACAAAAUCACGUGGGAAAGGCAAAGGUUCGGUCAAUCUAACAGGAAGUCUUCUGGAUGAGCUGGAUACGGAAGACAAAGAAGAGCUCGAACAAUAUGAAUUUGAAAUUCAAAACACAGAGGAUCAAGUAGAGCAAGAGACUACCAGUGGCCAAUCAGACUCGGCCAAUAAAACACCUUGUGACAAAAGACCAAUUGACAAGGAGCCAAUCAAAGAGCAGGAGACUGCUGAAAAUAAAGAGGAAGUGGAGAGAUGCUCUGUGAAAGACUCAAUAAAAGCUUUUGAAAAACGUGCAGGGAACAGUUAAUACUUACAGUCAGGACCUGUAGUAUGUAGGGCAUUAGAAAUAUGUAUAUUGACAUUCGUUAAACUUUUCAUUAAAAUAUGUACAUUUGUAUAUAUAAGAAUCUUGCAUUUUUAUCAAGACAUUUUGAUUUCUAAAAGAAAAUCUAAAAUUAUAAAUUAUAUACAGUCAACCUUUAAUGUUUCGAACUCUGCAGGACCCUCGCGGAAAAUUUGAAACAUCAGCUCACGAAUGUUAAACAUUGAACAUCGACAUUCUGUACAUAAGACAUAGUGUGAUUCUUAAAUUGUGUGACUAAACACAGGUUAAGAAAUUUAAUUUGAAAUAUAUAAAUAUUAAAUUAACAGUACACCUGAAAUAAGACUUGUAUGUUUAUAUGCACAGUAUUUCAACAUUCUGGUACAUGUACAUUUUUUAAUGAUUUCAUAACAAGUGAUUAUACUUCGAAACAGCAAGAUUUGACUAGUAAAAGUUUGAUUCAUGAAUAGAUUUAUUAGUAGUGUUAUAUAUAGGGGGAAAUCUGGACUUUGCUAUAAGUUCAAUACAUCAAUUAAUUAGACCCUUCAAAGCUUGAUUUAUGGAAGUUAGACUGUAUUUUCCUGGUGCUACUAUAGAAAUCAUUGAUUUAAAAAGAAGCUUUGUUCCUAGAUAAUAUCGUCAGAGUAGUAGAUUUGUGUGAAGUCAGUUCUGUGGAAUCUUGUUUCCUCUAUCAGCUUUUAUAAGUUCCUGGAACACACAAAAAAUAUAAGACCUUUCAUGUCCUUCAGAGUCUAACAUCAGUACCAGUACUUCUAUAUACCUCAAACUCAUAACGUUUUUGUCAAAUUAUUUUAAAUUAUCUCAUUUUCUUCCUUUAUGGGAAAAAACCCUUAUGCAUGAAAUUCAUUUUAAGUUCCGUCCAAAAUAGUCAUAUUGUACCCUCCCAUCCAAUAGUAGAUUAUGUAUAAUUACAAAUUUUACAAUUUUUGUUUUGUCCAAUCAUGGUUCACAUUUGUAUUGCUUAGCAAUAUAUAUUUAGUAAUUUUCCAUUCAAAGUAUAUAUAUUUUGUAUAUACACAUGUAUACAAUAUAAGUAA